AUGGAAUGGUGUACCAGCUGUUACACUCUCAGUUGGAAAGCCCGUGUGUGCGAGAAAAAGAGGUGCGCUGAGGCUGAACGGAAAACGGACCCUCUCCGGGGAACAGGUGGGUCUAUAUCUACACAGGCAGCUCAUCCUCAACUUGCAAUCAUUCCCUGUAGGAGAAACAGAGAGAUUGUGAGAAUUUGUCCAGACGUGAAGAUGUUGGCAGUUGUGGUUGUUUUAUUCCUGGCAGCCGGCGUGAGCGACAGCGUGAUUUUGAGUAAAUGCGAGCUGAAGCAGCAGCUUGAAAGUGGCAUUACUCUGCCAAUUCCCAAUUCUACAGACAUGCUGGCACAGAUCAUGUGUCACGUCCAGCUGACCUCUGGCUUCAAUACCAGUGCCAUUAAGACGAUCCCUGAGCCACAAGAGCGCAGCGGUGGUCACGGUUCUCGCCGUGGUAGGUCUCCCAGAGGAAAAAAUUCAGGCGACUCCUCCAGUUUGGAAAGUGACGAGGACAAAAGUGAGGUCUGGACCCUGUACGGCUUGUUCCAGCUUAGUGACCACGUGGUGUGCCGCUCUAUUCAAAGUCGUACACUGAACCUCUGUAGGCUGACCUGCGACAAGCUGAUUGACGAUGACACCAGUGAUGACAUAGCCUGUGUCCAGGCCCUUAUAAAUGCAGUAACUGCGCCGAUUCCUGACCGCAAAACUGCUAGACACAUCCGUGAAAUGAUCUCGCUGAUCUACCAGCCACAGUGCAUCGCCGUGAACGCCACUUCAUACUUCGCCGACUGUUAAACACUCUGAAUUCAAGACCUCUUGUAGCUCCCUGCUUUAUUUUUGCAUUUCUGUGCAUUUAUAUUCGUAGCUUUCUUGCAAGACAACAAAAUCC